UGUGGCGAACUUGGGCAUUUUGCAAAGAAUUGCCUCUCUGAGAAGGCAGUGGUAAUAGAGCUACAAUAUAAGAUAAAAAAGAAACCUAAAGAUAAUGGAAAUGAAUCUAAGAAGGAGCAAGCUUUGCUAAACAAAGCUCCUAAGGUUCAAGUGCAAGCAGAAUCAGAACAAGAAGAGGAAGUUCCGAUGGAGAUUUUUAAAUGUUCACCUCAAAGAAAAUAUAAAGAGAUAAGAAACAUAUUGAAACCUAACCCACCUGAAUGUGCACUUUAUGGAAUAUACUCUUAUGAACAAGUUGAGUUCACACCCAUGGGUAUAAGGUAUGAUGAUCAGUAUUGUACCUGGUACUAUAUAGAGCAUAUUAGUAAUAGAUUAGGUGCAAAAACAAAAGAGGAUGAUUGCAUUAAAUGCAAGUGUGAUCUAAGGCUAUGGAUCACAAUUAAAAAUUAUCCCAUCCAAGAAGUUGCCAAAAGCUACUGGACAACACCUGACACUGAAGAUGAUGAAGAAACCACAGCAGACUUCUCAAAAUCAAACUUGGGACUUAAUUAUAUAGUGGAUGAAUAUUUGGACAAGACCCCAAUUCGCCUAGAAAACCUGGUGGUUCAGAAUACUGGACCACUCGAGGAAGAACCAUUGAAAACUCCAUCAAAAAGAUAUUAUGAGGAGUUUAAUAAUUAUAAAGACACUUAUCUUUGUAAUUUGGCUUGGUGGGAAGUACCAAAUCCUGUUCAACUCAUUUGA